AUGUUCUGGAAGGAAAAUGCUGUGCACGAUCUCAUUACAACCAUUUUCAUAUCCACAAAAAAAAAUUCAAGCGUUAAAGCACAAGUAGGAGUGGCGUGCGUCUACAAUAUAUUUCAAAACAUGGACACCUCGAAACCUAGCACUACUAGAAAAAGAAAAAUAGAGAGGAAACAUAGUAAAAAUGUCACAAAUAAAAAGGUUCACAGCACUAAACACAAAAUCGAUGUAAAAGAUAAUGACGUAACUCUAAAAUAUGAAUCUGCGUUUGAUGGGAAAACCAAAUCUUACACAAUAACUCUUUACGGAAUGGAUCAUGCGACAAGUGUACAAGAUAUUUUUAACGAUCUGCAUGACACUAUAUCUUCCUUGAUACGAGAAUCCGUAAUAAAUGCAAACCAAGUAAAGGUUACUUUGGAUUUAGAAGUUUGCCGCAAUGAUUAUGAAUAUGAAACUUAUAAUUUUGGUGCAACGGCAGAUAUAACAUUGGAAGCUGGCGUCGAACCAUUUGUCGAUGAUGCAGCUAAAAAUAUUCAAUCUAAAUAUAACACCUGCAUCAGCACCCCAGAAAGUAUACAAUUUCUGAAUUUAUACUUACACAUUCACGAAAUUGUUGCAUCACCAUCAUUACAGUUGCCCGAGUCAUUCCUUGAUCAUGUUGUUGAUUUAGAGGUGAAUGAUGAUACGAGUUUUAAAUGGUCUGUGUUAGCAGCCCUUCAUCCGGAAGUUGAGCUUGAACUUUUGGAAGAAUAUUCUGAUGAUCUAGUUAUGGAUGGCAUCGAUUCUCUAGUCCAAUUAGACGAUAUACCGCAUAUUGAAGAUAUGAACACAUUUAGUAUCAAUGUUUUCAUGUUAAAUUAUAAUUAUGAACUUAAGGAUUCUGAAAUAGGAGGUCCCGUGCAUCACACAAAGACUCGCAAAGGCAAACACAUUAACUUAUUACUGCUGCACGAUAAUGAUAGGACUCGUUUCUGUUACAUCAGCGAUCUUAAAGGUUUGGUUUGUCCUCUAUCUAUUAACAAACAUUUGUGCGAUGGCUGUUUAACUGUUUUUGAUAAACAUGCAAUUUUACAUAAGCACCAACAAGAAGAAUGUCCAAAAGUUAAAAUAGCAUUUCCAAAAGAAAAAUCUAUGUCCUUCUGUAAUACGGAACGUUUAGAAGACGUGCCGUUUGUAGUUUAUGCUGAUUUUGAGGCUUUAUUGGAAGUUAUGGAUAACAAAUCGAACAAUACACAAGCGUAUGCUAGAAAUAUUCGCAAACAUGUACCUUAUAGCUAUGGAUAUUAUAUAAAAUGCAUCGAUGACACAUAUUCCAAGUUAGAAACCUAUGUAGGCCCAGAUUGUGUUAGUAAAUUUACUUUUAAUUUGAAAAAUCAUCUAACAGAACAGUAUUUAAAGUAUUGUAGACAACAUGAUAAAAUAUUCACAGAUAUUCAACACGUGCCUGUAUUUCUUCAUAAUCUUGAACAAUACGAUUGUCAUUUUCUUAUAGGAGGCGGUAAUUGGAGUAAUGUUCUGGGUGACUUACACAAUUAUUUUGCAAUGCACACAGAAUUCAGUAUUGGUUUCAACACAUUACAAUUACGUGUUCUUGAUUCUCGCAAAUUUGUUAAAGAUUCUUUGAAGAGAUGUGUAGAAGGUUUAGAUGAAUGCGAUUUUAAUGAAAUCAAGCAAAUUUGUAAGACGAAUGAAGAUUUACAGUUUUUGAGAAAAAAAGGUGUCUUCCCAUAUAAUUACAUAAAGUCAUUCAAAGAUUUAAAUAAAACCUUUCUACCAGAAAAAUUUCAUUUUUACGACGAUCUGACCGAAAGUGAUAUCACUGACGAGAAAUAUGUCUAUGCUCUAAAAGUUUGGGAUCACUUUCGCUGUAAUACCAUUCUAGAUUACUCAAUUUUAUACCUAAAGACUGAUGUUUUGUUGCUAGCUGACGUAAUUGAAAAUUUGCGACGUUCCUGCAAAAUUAAUUAUGGCCUAGACUUGGCACAUUAUUAUUCUCUUUCCACUUUUAGUUGGGAUGCAAUGCUAAAACACACAAAUAUGAAGUUGCAGCUAUUAUCUGAUCCCGAAAUGAUAAAUUUUAUAAAUAAGGGCAUUAGGGGUGGCAUAGCUCAUUGUAUCAAGCGGCACGUGGUCGCAAACAACAAAUAUCUGAAGACGUACAAUACAAAACUGGAGGACUCCUAUAUUAUGUACUACGAUGCUAACAAUUUGUACGGGUAUGUUAUGUCGCAGCCGUUGCCAUACAGUGGAUUUAAGUGGGUUGACGUUGAUUCCAUUGAUAUAUACAACGUCCCCGAAGAUUCAGACGUCGGUUAUAUUUUAGAAGUAGACCUCACUUACCCAAAAGAACUUCACGACAUGCAUUCUGAUCUGCCAUUCUGUGCCGAAAAGAAAAUUGUCCCCCUUUCAAAUACGGAAUUCCUUACAACUAAUCUUACCUCCAAACAAAAUUACGUAAUACAUUAUUCCUACCUAAAACUGUGCAUGGAACAUGGUUUAAAGAUACACAAAAUAAAAAGAGUACUCAAAUUCAAACAAAAAGCCUGGAUCAAGCCUUACAUUGAUUUCAACAAUGAAAGAAGAAGUAUAGCUAAAACAGAGUUUGAUAAAAAUAUAUUUAAGCAAUUAAACAAUGUCAUAUAUGGGAAAAGUAUGCAGCGAAGUGAUUAUGCAACUAUAAAACUGUUCGAUCAUUGGGGAAAUAUAGGACGUAAAAGAGGUGCUUUUAACAUUAUAGGACAACCCAAUUACAGCAGCCAUACUAUAUGUUCCAAAAGCACAAUAGCAGUGAAAUUGCAACCACCGAAGGUGGUAUUCAAGACUCCAAUAUACAUUGGGUUUAGCAUAUUGGAUCUAUCAAAAAAAUAUAUGUACGAUUUUCACUACAAUGUUAUGAAAAAACGGUUUGGUGACAAAUUAUUCUUACUGUACACUGAUACAGAUUCUUUUAUUUACCAAAUUAAAAUACACGAUUAUUAUAAAGAAAUUAAGCCUGAUUUGAAUAAAUACUUUGAUACGAGCAAUUAUGAAGUGGAAAAUCAAUUUCAAAUACCGUUAGUGAAUAAAAUGGCACUCGGCUAUUUUAAAGAUGAAAUGAAAGGAGAAGUUGUUAAGGAAUUUGUUGGGUUGCGUCCUAAAAUGUAUGUAGUGGACUCAGAAAAUAAUACAAUCAAAAAAGCAGCAGGAAUACCAAGAGCGGUCACUGAUAACUUUCAAGUUAAAGAUUAUAGAAACUGUCUUUACAGAAACGAGAGACGAUAUAUACAUUUUUACAGAAUUAAGGCAGUAAAUCAUGAUCUGUACACACAGAAAGUAAGAAAAUUUGGCCUGUCGUCUAAUGAUCCAAAACGAUUUAUUUUAGACAAUAACGUGGAUACAUUACCGUGGGGUCAUUACAACCUUACUGAAGUCAUUAAUGACUCGUCUGGUGAUGAAUCAGCCUGAAAAUGUCCGCACUGCUAAUGCAUAGUUCAAUCAGAACUUUUCUUAUACAAUAUUAGAAAUUAGACGCGCCCAAAUUUUGGAUAUUGUAAAAGCUUUCUUUUAACUUGCAAUGGUUUUUAAAUAUGUCUGUUCAUCCUUAACAGAUUGAGAUGAAAUUUUAAACACACAAUUUGGAUGACAAUGCGUGGUUAGUCAUUCUAUAUUCAAUAUGGCAGGCUAUAAAUUUUUCGUGCACUCCCAAGACAAGAGUAAUCAGUGAAAGGGUUUGCUGCUCUUAACUGCCUUUAAUAAUAAAUUAAAUAAAAGCUUGUUUUUAAAAUAUAUAACACUAAGUAAUUUCAAUAGGUAUCAAGUUAGUAUAUUAAGUAAGGAUGUGGUGCCACGGCAGUUACACAGCUAUGUUAUAAUAACUUAUCUAUUUACUUUAAACUUAACCGAAAGCUAAUUCUACAAUUUUGAUACUGUCGUUAGGUGAGUACCUACUUAUUAUCUUUUUAUUGUUUAAGAAUUGCUAUGUUUCUAAAUACUUAAAGAAAAUUGUACUAGAAAAUAUCCAUUGAGUUCAGGCCUCAGGCAAGAUAUGAUGCAUUUUCCGGCUAGUUCGACAUGCCAUUAGAUGUCCGUAGAAUAAUUUGUUAAUGUGUCAGCCCGGAUAGCAGAGGGUGCGGCUUCCAAUUCUGUCCUGAUGCCUGGCCCAAGUAGAAUUUUCUCUAAUAAAAUUUUCUUUAGAACGAUGACAUAUUUGUUAAGGUUUUUUUUGAGCCAGCAAACAUCGCAAUCACAAAUACGGAAUAAUCGACCAUAACUAAUUUUUCAAUUUAUUGAAUAGUUUAAAUCUAUGGUUUAGUUAAACAUAGAGGGCAAAAUAUAUAUACAGGGCGUCCCACGGGU